CAGGGCACAAUUCUCGCGUUCGCCUGCUCGUCGAUCGCGCUGGCGCUCGCGAAACCGGCGCCGGAGCCGCCGGUGAGCUCAUACUUUCCACCCUCCGGAGGUGGUGGUGGCGGCGGCUACGGGCCGCCCGCGCCCGCGUACGGACCACCCCAACAGAACCCGGUGAUCCACAAGCACGUGUACGUCCACGUGCCGCCGCCGGAAGCGCCGGAGUACAAACCGCCUAAGCACAUACCGCAGCCGCAGCCGCCGCAGAAGCACUACAAGAUAGUGUUCAUCAAGGCGCCGACGCCGCCUACGCCGACCGCGCCGCAGCUGCCGCCGUUGCCGCAGCCGGACGAGGAGAAGACGCUGAUCUACGUUCUGGUGAAGAAGCCCGAGGAGGCGCCCGACGUCGUGCUGCCGACGCAGGCGCCGACGCAGCCCAGCAAACCGGAGGUCUACUUCAUCCGCUACAAGACUCAGAAGGAGCAAGGCGGCGGCGAAUACGGCCCACCGGGGCAACAACCAGGACAGCCCAUCGACAGUUACGGGGCACCACAACCGGGCCCCAGCGGACCGUACUAGAUUCAUCGCAUGCACGAGCGCACAUCACCCUCACCACCCUCGAGACUCCCGGAGGCAAAUUAUUUAACUACGGUGACUACUCUCGGUCGCAAUUUCGCAAUACGCAAACGCGAACACGCGAGUCCCGAUGGAUCUUGAUCGUAGGAGGGAUGUAUAUAUCGCCUGUAUCUUGUAAGAUAGGCCGCAUGGUGUUUAAAGGUGCUUGAGCCAGACGCUUCGUGUUGCUAAAGCCUACUCGUGAUGUCGCUCGCACACUCAUUUACUCACACCUACACAUACAGACACACGCAUACAAAUCCAACAUACACGACGAGUACAUCCUUAAAUGACCGAGUACCAAUACUUGUCAUGGUUCUCUGUUGAAAGAAAUAUUAAAAAAAAAAACGAAUCUUUAUAUAUAUGACAUGUCAAUGUUUCAUAUGUAUCUUUUAAGAAAAUAAUCGUAAAUACAUUUUUUUAUAUCAA